AUGGGAUUACACGAUAUCUUGACAGAGCCCUUUGCGACGGCCUUCUCCAAGAAAAAAGAUUACGACUUCAAGGAGACUCUGGGGGCAGGGUCGUUCGGGACGGUCCGCAAGGCGAUCCAGAAGUCCACGGGCAGGGAGGUGGCCGUGAAGAUUAUCCUCAAAUCAAGGCUCCACGGCCACUUGGAGGUGGUAGAGCGGGAGGUGAACCUCCUCAGCUCGGUGAAACAUCCCCACAUUGUCGAGCUCAUUGACUCGUUCCAGACGAAACACAACUUCUACAUUGUCACUCAGUUGGCAACUGGCGGCGAGCUCUUUGAUCGCUUGAUCAAGAAGACAUCCUUUACGGAGUACGACGCAUGCGAAAUCAUCUUCCAGCUGCUGGACGCCAUCGCCUACCUGCAUGCACGCGGCAUCGCCCACCGGGACAUCAAGCCCGAAAAUGUGCUCUAUCUUUCGAUAGAGAACAACUCUCCGGUCGUUCUAGCUGACUUCGGUGUCUCCAAGCAAGUCAACGUCAACGCACACGAGAGGUUGACAGGCGUGGCCGGCUCCUUCGGCUACAUUGCCCCUGAAAUCUAUUCCGGAGAAGGUUACGGCGACUUGUAUGGGUUGGGCAAGGGCGGAUACACCCUCAGCUGCGACAUCUGGUCCCUGGGCGUCGUGGCAUACACCUUGAUUGGGGGUUACUCCCCUAUUCGUGCGCAGAACCCGCAGGACUUUUUGGACGAGGUCAGAACGAACAACUUUGUCGUUUUCCACGAAAAGUACUGGUCCGGGAUCUCCGAGGAGGCCAAGGACUUUAUCAUAAAAUCACUUGAUAUUGAUAACAGAAGAAGACCGUCAGCUAGUCAACUGCUGCAGCAUCCUUGGAUCCAGAAUCAUAUUCGCUACGGUGGGAAGGCCGCAGUCAACGAAAAGAACAUAAUCUCCAACAUACAGGAGGGUUUCAAUGCCCACGCCAGAUUACGCCGUGCUGUGCGGUUGAUUAUAAUGAAGAACAAGUUGGAGAAAUUAAGGCAGAUCCGUGCUGCUUCUGAUCCAAACCCUACCGACACCUCCUCGCUGGAAGAUGACGACACAGACGACUAUCUGUUCUGUGGCAACUCACAAGACUCCAAAAUUCUUGAGUCAUUUCACAACAUGAAGCUGCUGCCGGAGGACGAGGGAUCGAGAGAUAGCCAGCUUAAGGAGUUGGCCUCCACUUUCCAAAAUUUGGUACGUAUUGCUCAGGAUUCAAAGGAGCAAAUACGCCAGUACCAGGAGGAGGAGGAGAAAAAGGAGAAAACUUCUCAACCAGAGUGA